GGGCGCGUGUGCGCAGGCGCGCAGGCGCUGACUCCCCGCGCUCGGGCGAGCUUCUGUCUUUCUGAGCGCGGACAUGGGUACACCGCAGAAGGAUGUCACCAUCAAGUCAGAUGCUCCUGACACCCUGUUACUGGAGAAGCAUGCCGAUUACAUUGCCUCCUAUGGCUCCAAGAAAGAUGAUUAUGAAUACUGUAUGUCUGAGUACCUGAGGAUGAGCGGCAUCUACUGGGGUUUGACGGUGAUGGACCUCAUGGGACAGCUCCAUCGCAUGAACAGAGAGGAAAUCCUGGUGUUUAUCAAGUCGUGUCAGCAUGAGUGUGGGGGCAUCAGUGCGAGCAUUGGGCACGAUCCGCAUCUUCUCUACACUCUGAGCGCUGUCCAGAUUCUCACGCUGUAUGACAGCAUUAAUGUCAUUGACGUGGAUAAGGUUGUGGCCUAUGUUCAGAGUCUGCAGAAAGAGGAUGGUUCAUUUGCUGGAGACAUUUGGGGAGAAAUUGAUACCAGAUUCUCAUUUUGUGCAGUGGCAACUUUGGCUCUCUUGGGCAAGCUUGAUGCUAUUAAUGUGGAAAAGGCCAUUGAAUUUGUUUUGGCCUGUAUGAACUUCGAUGGUGGAUUUGGGUGCAGACCGGGCUCCGAAUCUCAUGCCGGGCAGAUCUAUUGUUGCACAGGAUUCCUGGCGAUAACUAGUCAGUUACAUCAAGUGAACUCUGACUUACUUGGUUGGUGGCUUUGUGAACGACAGCUGCCCUCAGGUGGACUCAAUGGAAGACCCGAAAAGUUACCGGAUGUGUGCUAUUCCUGGUGGGUUUUGGCCUCCUUGAAGAUAAUUGGGAGGCUUCAUUGGAUUGACAGAGAAAAGCUGCGCAGCUUCAUCUUAGCAUGUCAAGAUGAAGAGACCGGAGGCUUUGCUGACAGACCCGGAGAUAUGGUGGAUCCUUUUCAUACCUUAUUUGGCAUUGCUGGAUUGUCACUUCUGGGAGAAGAACAGAUUAAACCUGUUAGUCCUGUCUUUUGCAUGCCUGAAGAAGUGCUUCAGAGGGUCAAUGUCCAGCCUGAACUAGUGAGCUAGAGUCAGACAGGCAUGGGAAGAUGUGUGCAGUCGAACCUGGAGUGACUGUGAAUAUUGUAUAUCAUGUUAAUGCAAUCAUAAUUACAUGUGGUAUAAAAUACAUUGUAUUUAGAUCUUCUGUAGUGUCCGAACAUUACAGUUUUAGUCUACUUGAAGUUUGUUUUGAUGUCUUCAUAACAGCAAGCUUAAGAACUGGUUUUUAAUGCCUUCCCAUGUCAUGUUGACCUGUAAUGAUUGAUGGAAAAUGAUUUUUGUUAAUACAAGUGAGUAAAACUCAUUUAAAUAAAAGAUGCACAAAAUGUUGA